AUGAACAUCCGUUCUAAAAAAAUAUUUUCAUAAUUUUGAUUUUCCACACAACUGUUGAUAUUUAUAUACUUUUAAUGCUAAACUAGUGAUGAUAUUCUCUAUAUAGAUGAGGAACGGAGAUAAUAUACAGAGGGGAAAUACCAAGAAGUUCUUGUACUCCGGGCCUAAAAAGGAUGAACCUGGAGAAGAACAAUGGAUAUUUUCCCCGCGCAAAGAGACAACCCCAGUUUCUGGCUCUAAGUUUGACAUGGAUGACGUUUGGAGCAUAAAGAAGAAUGUCUCUGCAAGUGGUGGACUCUUAAACCCGACAGAUGGACUCAAUCUGAAGGCAAACUCUUCAUACUAUUCUAGAUAUGGAGGAAUGAAAGAUAAGAAUGACUCCAGAUUUGGAUCACCAAACUCCAACAUAAGCAGCAAUGCUCAAGGUAGUACCUCCACCUGGAAUUCAAACUACACAUCAAAGGGUUUCAGCUACGGUCGCAGUAGUAAAGACCCUACCCCACAGGCCACACCUCGCAUGGGGCGGAAUAAUAAUCCCUCCUCAAGCAAUGACUCCUCCCUCUGGUGACAAAAGUGCAGAUAGGGGAGAUAGCUCCUUCAGUGCUAAAAAAAUCCCAUUAUUGAUUCAUAUUUAGUCUCAUGUAAAAGAUUAUUUCUUUCUUUGAGCACAAUUUAAGAUUCUUUUGAUAGUACCACUGAGCAUGCUACUAUAUUUUGAUGAAAUUUCUUGUUAAUUGAAAUUGAUGUUUUCAUGGUGGGUAUUGUGGAAUAUAUGAAUUAUGGAGAAUGCUGAUGUCUCUAAAUGGUUGUUAAAUGAUACAUACAAAUACACACACAUGUGUGUAUAUAUAUAUUUACCAUGUGUAACAAUAAACUAUAAACAUAAUACAGUAAAACUCGGUUAUAACGAAGUCACUGGGACCUGUGAAUUUACUUCUCUAUAUCCGUAAUUCAUUAUAUCCGUAUAAGAAAUUCGUUAAAAUUUAUAUAGCUGGGGAUCCAAGAAAAAUUCGCUAUAUCCAUGAAUUCGGUAUAUCCGUGUUCGUACUAAACGAGUUUUACUGUACACAGUCAACAGAGAAUAAUUUUACUUUUAUGUGGGAAAAAAUAUAUUCUUCAUCUUUUAGAUGUACUUGUUUAUAAGAGUAUGAUUUUGUAAGAUCUGUGAUACAAACUUUUCUUAGUAGGCUUAACAAUUUUUAGUUAAACCAGCUGAGGUUAAGGGAUAUACAAUUGCUAAAUUUGAUGUUUUAAGUUUGAUUUGUAUUUAGAAGCUGUGAAAGCUUAGUUGGGUAUUAUUGAUUUUCAUGACUAGCAAAAAAAAAAAUGAUGUUAUACUAGACCAGAAAAUGAAAAGUUCAAAAGGUAAAAGUUAAAUUUUAAUUAUAAUUCUCAUUGAAAACACAAACUUAAAAAUAUAAAGGUAAUGUUAGAUACAAGAAUAUUUUAGGUGAAGCAUUUAUGGAAGUUUGUUUAUAUUUCAUAUAUUAAAAAAAAAAUUGUUCUGGUACUUAUGUUUGGAGAGGAUUUGGUUAUUUAACAGUAUGAAUACAUUUUGUUAUUAUUUUGCAUGUUUGAGACAUCAGAUGAAUUGUUUAUUUUUUUUAUUGUGUGUGCGUGUAUGUAUACCAUUACCCUCAUGUGCCUUUUUUGUUGUUAGCUCACCUGAGCCGAAGGCUCAAGUGAGCUUUUCUGAUCACUUUUUGUCCGGCGUCCGUCUGUCUGUCUGUCCGUCUGUCUGUCUGUCUGUCUGUAAACUUUUAACAUUUUCGACUUCUUCUCAAGAACCACUGGGCCAAUUUCAACCAAACUUGCCACAAAGUAUCCUUGGGUGAAGGGGAUUCAAAUUUGUUAAAAUGAAGGGCCACGCCCUUUUUCAAGGGGAGAUAAUAAAGAAUUAGUGAAAAAUUAAUAGCAUCUUUUAAAAAUCUUCUUCUCAAGAACCACAGGGCCAGGAAAGAUGAAACUCAUGUGGAAGCAUCCUCAGGUAGUGUAGAUUCAAGUUUGUUCAAAUCAUGACCCCCGGGGGUAGGGCGGGGCCA